AUGACUAGAAUAUAUUCCUUAUCAGAUUUACGAUACAUAAAACCAAUAACAUUACGAUCUUGGUUCAAAGGAGGUUCACCUCACGGAAAUGGGAAAUUCGCAAUCAUAGAUGUCAGAGAAUCAGAUUUUGUAGGAGGCCAUAUAAAAGGAUGUUAUCAUUAUCCAGCCGCAAAUUUCCAUUAUACCCUCCGAGAAUUACAUCAAAGAUUAUAUGAUAAUAAAAUCGAUGAUAUUAUAUUCCAUUGUGCUUUGUCACAAGUUAGAGGUCCUUCUUCUACUCUUAAAUUCCUUCGAUCUUUAAAUGAAAUAACUGAUCCAAAAUUAAAGGAAUAUUUUGAUUCGGUGCAUGUUUAUGUACUUAAAGGAGGUUUUACAAGAUGGCAAAGGGAAUAUGGAGAAGAUUCUGAAGUGACAGAACAUUAUGAUAAAGAAAUAUGGCAAUUUGGAAGUAUUUAA